AUGUCGUCGAACCCAUCCUUACCGCCUUCCUACUCCACCGACGAGCUACCCGACUACCGCACGUCACUAUCGCUAGAGCGCUCUCCAGCAUAUACGGAACUCAGUCUUACGUCUACUCGUACCAGUUCAACAUCUGUUUCGUCUGAUGGCGGACCAAAGCUGAUUCCCUCUGGGCGUCUUUCUUACGCUUCAAAACGUUUGACCCUUGACCUUGGUCCUCGUAUCUGGGCACCUUUACUUCCUGUAUACGGACGCAACGGUCUUAUUGAGGGCCACGUUGAGAUUAAGAACUUCAAGCAUGUAAACCGGGUUGAAUUGACUCUUUCUGGUGUUGUACUAUCCUACAUGGUAUCCAACGGCAACCCAACUCUACGAUCGAAAAAGGUUGUUCUUUGCGAGAGCUCUACCAUCUGGUCAGCCAAAUCCGAUGCCUGCCCAUCGGAUGGCCGAUCCAAUGAAACUUUCCCCUUCAUAUUUGCACUGCCCGACCACGUCCAAGGGAGUGAAGCUCAUGUUUCUACACCUUUGCCUCCUUCCACGUCGGUACAAACAAAUGAAUCGAGUGCUCAUGUGUUCUAUUUCCUUCGGCUUGAUAUGUACCGCAACGGCAUUCACUUCCAUGACAGUGUUCAAACCGAGAUAUUGUACCUCCCUCGCACAGUCUCUCACUAUGAGCGGCCAUACAUCCCUCUUCCGGGCAGCGAGAAACCGCGACGUAUAUGCGACGGCGAAUGGCGCACUGCUGAGAUUCCACGCAAAUCUAUUUCUGGUUCACCCAAGAACCUACCCGGUCUGGGAAAUGUUGACGUUCAUCUAUCUCUGCCGCAUAAGCUCCACUAUCCUUCCGGAUGCGCGAUUCCGUUUGCGGUCACGCUCAGCGGCCAAGGUCUCUCUUGCGCCAAUAUCCCAGAACUAACUGCGGGGCUUAAACUCAAACUAAUCAAGACUUCAACUACCCUUGUUAAAGGUAUCAUCUCCAAACAAGAAACCGUAGUUUCGAUUGGCAAAAUUUGUCGGAUUGAUGAAGACGAGCGCCAUUGGCGCAGCUCCAAGCCGGGCGAUAAUUCCCGUCAAGUCGUCAUCCGUGGUUGUCUGGAGACUGGUACCAAGGGAAAAGACCAGAGCUGGGGUGUACGCGGACAUGCCGGAGUUUCAUACCAAGUUCGUGUGACUCUAGCGCCCAGUGCCGAAGGAAGCCAUCGGGAUGGUGACGCGGUUUGGGAACGAAGUGAGACUGUGGUGAUUACUUCUCAUGAAUUCGAAGGUCGAGCCGCGAUGGGUACUCCAGCAUUAUCAUUGCCUGCCUCGUCCCGGAACCCCAUGAGUAUUACUCUCCUCAACGGAAAUAUUUAG